UGUUGGGAAACAGGGAAGGUGAAAUCAAGUAACAAGUUUAUGGAAAAUAGAAAAAACCGUUGGCUGCAUGCGGUUUUGGUUGGCAGUUACUCUCCAUUUCCCUAAAAUGAGUUCUGUUUCUUAUCUACAGAAAUUCAAACUGUGAUGGCAGCUCAAUUGGACAGUACUCCUUCCAACUUCAGUGAACCCAGGACCGGCCAUGGGCUUAGAAACCAAGACCCCAGAGAUUCACAACUGCGACUUGUCUUAGUGGGUAAGACUGGAGCAGGAAAAAGUGCCACAGGGAACAGCAUCCUUGGAAAGACAGCAUUUUGUUCCAGAAUGGCAGCACAAUCCAUCACCAAGGUCUGUCAGAAAGGGAGUAGCAUGUGGAAUGGGAAAGAAAUUGUCGUCAUGGACACACCUGGCAUUUUUGACAUUGAGGCAGGGAAUGCUGACACACAAAAGGAGAUUGCCAAUUGCAUCCUCCUGACCUCCCCUGGCCCUCACGCUGUGCUCCUGGUGGUCCCUCUGGGCCGGUACACAAAGGAAGAACAAAAGGCUGUGGAGAAGAUGCUGUCAAUGUUUGGAUCCCAAGCUAGGAGAUACAUGAUUCUCUUAUUCACCCGGAAAGAUGAACUGGAUGGCAUGGAGUUCCAUGAUUACUUAAAGGAAGCCCCAAAAGUCAUUCAAGAUCUGAUGGAGCAGUUCAGGGGUCGUCACUGUGAGUUCAACAAUAAGGCGACAGGGGCUGAGCAGGAGGCUCAGAGGGCACAGCUGUUGGACCUGGUCCAGCGCAUGGUGACGCAGAACAAGGGAAGAUGCUACACUGAUGAGAUGUACCAAAAGGUUGAGGAGGAGAUUCAGAAACAGAUUAAAGUGAAACAAGAAAAAUACAAAGCUGACCUGGAGAGAGAGAAAAGGCAAAUAAGAGAGAAAUAUCAAAAACAAAUCAGAAACCUGAAGGAUAAAGUGGAGCAAGAAAAGAGAAAGGCAGAACUGGACAGGGAAUCGGCAGAAAGGGAGAUUUGCCAUCUAAAAAGGCUGCAGGGAGCCAGAGAUGAAGUUGAGAGUCAGCAAGGUACUUUUACACUUAACAUAAUCAAAGGUUUGAUCACUUUACCUUUUUUCCUUAGACUAUUCAAGUGCAUUUAAGAUUUUUAAAAAUCUGUUUCCUGCGAUUUUCAAGUGUUCCUUCCCAUAGAACUCAUUCCCCAAAGUCAGAGUUCUCUGUUUUUGUUCUUCAAGUUCUCAGGACUAGGUGUUUAGUAAAGUUUCUUAUUGGCAAUUGGUAGAUAUCUGUUUCAUUUAUUUAACAGGGAUGAGACACAUUCUCAAUUUGUGAAAUUCCAAAAUAGAAAGUAUGGAUGCUCCCUAUCUUCUAAACUAUUUCUUACAGACAAAGAGAGGGAAUGCAGGAGACCAAAAGACAAUGAUUCUCUAGCGUCUUUCUAGAUUGGAACAUAAUCUCUCCCUGUGGCUUCUAAUCCACAUUUUUGCCUUUGGGAUGACAAUGACCUUUUUACCCAUAUGGUUAAAGAAAUCAAUUAUUUGUAUUAGGUAAUGGAUAGCUAGAAUGCUUAUAGAAUUCUUUCUAAAUGUGCCAAAGCCGGUUUGGCUCAGCGGAUAGAGCGUUGGCCUGCGGACUGAAAGGUCCCAGGUUUGAUUCCGAUCAAGGGCAUGUGCCUGG